AUGUUCAACCUACCGAUUAGCAUAUUGCUUUGUUUUUCUGUGUUAUGCGCAGUGGAGCCUACUUUUGUAAGAGGCAAAAAUGUUGUCAGCUUAAUUGCCUUUAAGGAUUCAGAUGGCAAACUACAUAAAAGGUUAGCACCUGAAGAAAUCCCUCGCCGGGAACGUGGUCAUCACCUAGGUUUUGACGAGUUAGAAUAUAUGUAUGAAAAAAAUCUGGGAGCGCGCGACUCUUCAAGAUUAUCGAUAAACCUGGAUAAUGUUUUGGGAACACAACAAACAAAGCAACAGGAAUUUUCAGCUGACUUAUUUCCUUUAUCCUUGGAAUCAAAACUCUCAUUAUUAAAGGAAGUCGAAAUAUUUGCAGGAUAUGUAAGAAAUGAUGUGGAAACUUUCAAUAAAAUCAGUAAUCCUAAUGAAGAUUUGAUUAUUAUUGCACCAACGAAUAAGGCUGUUUCCCAGCUUACUUCGAAACCAUGGCAAUUUCCGAAUAAUAUUGACCAGCUUGAAAGGAAGGGAGCGACAGAAAAGGAACUAGAUGCCGCAAUUCAAAACAAUAUCUCCAAGUUUGUUAGGUCACAUAUCAUCGCAUACAACGGUGAUAAAAAUUCCUACAGAAGAAUAAGUCCAGGUUGUACGCUAUUGCAGAGUAUCGACUUUAUGGAAAAUCGGAAAAGCGAUGGAGAGCUUUCAGGUGAUAUUUUAGUCAAAAAAGAUGGCGACGCAUAUUAUGUGGCAUCUACGCGAGACAAGAACUUUCACGUUGUCGAGAAUAUUGAAAGUGGAAGUAACGGUAUCAUUUUGACGGUUGAUUUUUCUUUAGUUUGGCCUUGA